AUGGCACCACCGGCCUUCGAACCGUUAACCCUCACGCCCGUCUCCUUCAGCCUGACCGCUGGAACCGACAUUCCCGCACCGCUCGAGACCCCACCCGAAUCCCCACGGCCCCCGACCCCCGGCCGCGGCCCCCUCUCCUCCCAUCCCACCACCCCCAUCCUCAAACAAUUCUCCAACUCCGACCUCAACAGCAAGCUGACCAGCGACGGUGAGGCCAACGGCCGCGCCCCCGCCAUGAGCCCGCUCAGCCUCAACAGCCCGGCCGAACCCUUCACGAAACAACCGCAAUCCUCCCUGACCACCAACAUCAGCAGUAACCACACCGGGAAACGGCCCUCCUCCGUCCGCAAAUUCCUCUCCCUCCGCUCCCUGCACCCCCGCGCCUCGCACCCCGAUUCCGCCUCCGCCCACCGCCCCUCCACCCCCCAAUCCGCCGCCUCACACACGCCGAGCUCGCCCGGUCUGUCGCGGAAGCGGAGCAGCGCCUGGUUCGGCGGGCCGGGGAAGAGAAAGAGCGGCAUGUUCCUGACCGGGCGGCCGUCCGAGUCGCGGGAAGGCGCGGACGCAGAGGGGCUGAACGGCCACGCAGCGAGCGGGACCGACGCGGUCGAGGAGGAGCAAAAAGGACCGCCGCCACCGACGAUUCCGGAGUGGGAGUCGUUAUCGGAGGGGUUAGACGGGGGGGAUCUCGGGGCGGAGGAUAUGUUUAAAGAUAUCAAGUAG